AUGGCUGUAAGGGGUCACGGGAAUCAGUCCUGAGGGACGUGAAAGCGGGCAGCUGGACGAAAGAUCGGCUCCUGGGGGCCACUGGACCUGAAAUGAUAGGCCCAUGAGGAGGGGAGGGGCCAGGAGCACAGCUGAGGGCUUCCUGUGUCGCAAAACAUGGCACGUCGCCCGCGCAACAGCCGUGCCUGGCGCUUCGUGUUAAGCGGUGUACGCAGAGACCAGGAGGGCCGGGCACCGGUCUUGCCAGCAGGUGAAGAUGCGUGGGGUUAUGAUUCAGAUGGCCAGGUUCCUUCUGAAAGAUGUCUCUCCCCGCAGCACAGUAACAGCGAUUCGGACAGCGAGGUGCUUCACUUGCCGCCCUCUAUAGCCAGCGCCGUACCUGUAACUGGCGAAUCGUACUGUGAUUGUGACAGCCAGAAUGAUGCCUACUGCUCGAGUUUGCACACCUUCCACCAGAUCAAGAGCUGUCAGUGCGGCGAGGAGGAUGAUUACUUUGACUGGGUAUGGGACGACUGCAGCAAAUCUACAGCUACUGUCUUGAGCUGCGACGACCGUAAAGUUAGCUUCCAUGUGGAGUAUAGCUGCGGCACUGCUGCCAUACGAGGAAACAAAGUGCUCUCCGAGGGUCAACAUUUUUGGGAGAUCAAGAUGACAUCCCCAGUGUAUGGCACAGAUAUGAUGGUUGGCAUUGGCACUUCAGAUGUAAACUUGGAUAAAUAUCGUCAUACUUUCUGCAGCCUUCUGGGUAAAGAUGGAGAAAGCUGGGGGCUCUCCUAUACAGGUUUACUUCAGCAUAAGGGUGACAAAAGCAGCUUUUCAUCACGCUUUGGCCAAGGAUCGAUCAUUGGGGUGCAUCUAGAUACAUGGCAUGGAGUGCUCACCUUCUACAAAAACAGGAAGUGCAUUGGUGUUGCCGCCACACAGCUAAGAAACAAGAAGCUGUUUCCGAUGGUUUGCUCCACUGCGGCUAAAAGCAGCAUGAAGGUGAUACGGUCUUGUUGCUGCCGCACCUCUCUGCAGUACCUUUGCUGUGCGCGCCUGCGCCAACUCCUUCCCGACUGCGUGGACUCUUUGGAAGCCCUGCCGCUACCUCCUGGUCUUAAACAACUGCUGGGCAACAAAUUGGGAUGGGUGCUUCAGAUGGGCACAAAUCCAGCUCAACAGAGCAACGAAGACUCCCCGGCCGCCACGUCGUGCAGCAGCGAUUCGGACAGCAGCUGCCUGCCAGGCAUGGAGGAUUGUCAGCGCAAGCGUUGUCGUAGGAUUUAAGUGGGUUAUUCUGGGAGUUGAGGGCUACCCGAUCCUGAUGCUUCUUUCUCUCCACAUGGCCAUCGCAUCCCACAAUGAACUUUUGGAAGGACAAAAGAAGGGAUAUUCUACUUUCCCACAAGCAAGAAGAAAAAUCAAGACGUUAAGGGCAGAAAGGAAGCACAGGAGUCGGGAUCUCAUGACGUAGUUAUGUUAUAACUGGGAAACAUGGUGCUAUAAACAUUAGGCACUUGUCCUUUACCGUGAUGUGUGUUUUUGACUGGGGUCACAGUGACCCGAUUGCCUUAGAAGGGACAGACGGUUGAGCAUCUGACAUUCAAAUCAUUACACUUACUGACUCCAAUUAAAAAUAUUGUCUAGAGGGAUCUCCAAAAAUCUAAAACGCGCCCCUCGGGCGGUGUGCAAUUAUGUGAAAUAUAUUUUAACGGCUUAUUAACUAUUAAAAAUGUGUGCGUUUGGGGGGGGGGAUUAUCCCUCCCUGAUUACCCCAGGUUGAAAGAGUA